CCAGAGGGGUCGUGGGGUACUGCACCUCUUCAGGUCGACGUAGUUUCGUAUGGGUGUUCCUGCUCCGCCACUUGUCUGUCUUUUUCGUUUGUUCUGGCUCACUUUGUCACUGGGUUCGUGGAGGCUGACAGAGCAGCGAUCGUCCUGUUUCCAGUGCUGGAGACCAGGUGGGAGUACCUGCAUACAGGUAAUGCAUAAACGUAGCUGAGAGUUGAAGACGGACAAUUCAACAUCCAUGGAAAACAAUUUAAGUUUUGAGGAGAGCAGUGACAUGUCGUAUGAAGACAACGACUCAGCCUUCCCCUCCCCACUGGCACUCUCUCCACCAGACUUUGACAUGAGGAGGGAGGAUGAGGAUGAGGAGGAGAAUGAGCCGCCGUCAGAGGCCAUCGUCAUCCCCAGUGAUUCAGAAGCUUUUCUGAAUGUGAACACCAACGCCACCACGAGAGGGGACGCUCAGGCCUACGUGGAGCUGAAUGAGCUCCAGGGCAGCACCUGGCAGGAGACGGGCCGCUGGGUCGGCUACGAGGAGAACUUCAACCCUGCUACUGGAACAUGGGGUCCUUCUCAUGUCUCCUAUUUGACCUUUAAGAGCCUGAUUCAGCUCCGCAAGACCAUGAGCACAGGCGCUGUCAUCCUGGACCUGAAUGCCAGCAGCCUGUCCUCUAUUGCUGAGAAAGUGGUGGAUGAGCUGCUGAAUAAGAAUGAGAUUCGUUCUGGUGAUCGAGAUGGUCUGCUGAGAGCUCUCCUCAUGAGACGCAGCCAGACUGCGGGACCUGUGGUGACUCCCGCUGGAGACAUUCAGAUGCAGACUUUUUCUGUAUCAAAGAAGAGGGACUGCUCUGACAACAUGGAGGCCUCAGUUGUCCUCUCAGGUGUGGUGGAGUCCCUGGAGAAACCGGUGGUGGGCUUCGUUCGGCUGGUGGACUCUGUGGUGAUGGAGUCGGCUCUGGAGUCUCCCGUCCCCGUCCGAUUCGUCUUCAUCCUGGUGGGCCCCAGCCAGAGUGGAAUGGACUACAGCGAGAGUGGCCGAGCCAUGGGAGCCCUGAUGGCCGACUGGGUUUUCUGUCUUGAAGCCUUCUUGGCCCAGAGUGACAAAGAUCUGACCAAUGCCAUCGCUGACUUCAUGGACUGCAGCAUCGUGAUUCCUCCCACUGAGAUCCAGGACAAGGCCAUGCUGGAUCCCAUCAUCGACUUUCAGCAGAAGAUGCUGCGAGACAGACUGCGUCCCUGUGACUCCCGGCUGGCCUUCGGAGACAGAGUUAAAGUUGACAAAGCUCCAGAAGAGCCCAGGGAGGACCCUCUGGCCCGGACAGGUUAUCCCUUCGGUGGGAUGGUGAGGGACAUGAAGCGGCGUUAUCGCGUCUACCUCAGCGACUUUACAGACGCCCUGAACCCUCAGGUGCUCGCCGCUGUCAUCUUCAUCUACUUCGCUGCCUUGUCCCCGGCCAUCACCUUUGGAGGGCUUCUAGCCGACAAAACAGAAAAAAUGAUGGGAGUGUCAGAGCUCAUGAUCUCCACCAGCAUCCAGGGAGUCAUCUUCUGCCUCAUCGCUGCCCAACCAGUCCUGGUCAUCGGCUUCUCUGGACCUCUGCUAGUGUUUGAAGAAGCUUUUUAUGCUUUCUGCAAGUCCCAGGGCAUCGAGUACAUCGUGGGUCGUAUCUGGGUGGGAAUGUGGCUGAUCGUGAUCGUGGUGAUCAUCGUGGCCGUGGAGGGCAGUUUCCUGGUCCGAUUCAUCUCCCGCUUCACCCAGGAAAUCUUCUCCAUCCUCAUCUCGCUCAUCUUCAUCUACGAGACCUUCAACAAGCUCAUCAAGAUCUUCAAAACCCACCCUCUGAUCCUGAACUACGACCACCUGAACGACACCCUGGACAACCCCUUCCACCCGGUUGUCAAGGAGCACAUCGAGUACCAUCCGGACGGCAAUGUGACCGUCCAUGAGCUGGAGAUCGAGAGGCCGUACCCCAACACUGCCCUGCUGUCCAUGUGCCUGAUGUUUGGCUGCUUCUUCAUCGCCUUCUUCCUCCGUCAGUUCAAGAGCGGCCACUACCUCCCCGGCCCACUGCGUCGUUUGAUUGGAGAUUUUGGCGUCCCCAUUGCUAUUUUCUUCAUGAUUGCUGUGGAUAUCAGCAUUGAAGAUGCUUACACUCAGAAACUGGUUGUGCCAAAAGGUGUUGAAGUGACGAACCCUAAAGUCCGAGGCUGGUUCAUCAACCCAAUGGGAGAAAAGAAGCCGUUCCCCAUCUGGAUGAUGGGUGCCUGCUGCGUUCCUGCCCUGCUCGUCUUCAUCCUCAUCUUCCUCGAAUCCCAGAUUACUACGCUGAUCGUGAGCAAACCUGAGAGGAAAAUGGUGAAAGGAUCCGGUUUCCAUUUGGACCUGCUCAUCCUGGUCACCAUGGGAGGGAUCUCCUCCAUCUUUGGGGUCCCCUGGCUGAGCGCCGCCACCGUGCGAUCUGUGACCCACGCCAACGCCCUCACCGUCAUGUCCAAAGGCCCCAAACCGGAGAUUGAGAAGGUGGUGGAGCAGAGGAUCAGUGGGAUCCUUGUGGCCAUCAUGGUUGGUGUUUCCAUCUACAUGGAGCCAAUUCUGAAGAUGAUUCCGAUGACGGCCCUGUUUGGUAUCUUCCUCUACAUGGGUAUCACCUCUCUGAGUGGAAUCCAGAUGUGGGACAGGAUGCUUCUGCUCAUUACUCCCAAGAAAUACCAUCCCUCUGAUGCCUACGCCACCAAGGUGAACACCUUGCGGAUGCACAUGUUCACUCUGAUCCAGCUCGUAUGUCUGGCCGUCCUGUGGGUAGUGAAGAUCAGCCCCUUCUCUCUGGCUCUGCCUUUCGUCCUCAUCCUCACCAUCCCUCUUCGCAUGUUUUUGACUGGAAGGGUUUUCUCUGUGAAGGAGAUGAAAUGUCUGGAUGCAGAUGAUGCCAAAGUGACACUCGACGAGGACGACGAGUUCGCGCUGGCAUAAACAUCCCCGAUAAUAUUUAAUUCACAAACUUUUAAGUGAAGUCUUUUUUUUCUUUGCAGUUUCAUACUGCUGUCAUUGUUAUUUAUCUUUUGAAGAAAUUACCUGUCAUUUUUAGAAUUCAGACUUUAUUCCUGCAGCUGUUUUGUGAUCUCUAGACAGCCAUCCACGUCAUCAUUAAGAUGCAUAACUACCUGUCCUAAUUUCUCUCACAUUCCAUAUUUUAUCAUUUCACGUGGCAUUAAAAUACUUCCCUUUAGUUUUCUACUUCAGAUAUUGGUCAUGACUGUUUAUACUAUAGUUUUUUAAUACUUUAACUUAAGGAAAACAUUAGAAUUUUGAAAAUGAGAGGUAUUUUUCUGCAAGAUGUGAGGUAAAGCCAUUUAUUCAGUGUUAUUUUUCUUUCAGUAUUACAAGAGCAAGGCUUUAAAGUGACUAUGGUGCAGUCGUAUUUUAGAUCUGCCCAUGUUAUAAUUAAAUGUAAUGUUAUUUUAUCUUUACUACUUAAGUUAGGCAUAUUUAAUGCAGUCACAUCUUUAAACACACAGAGAGAUAAUAAACUUUAUGGUGCCAUUUCCACAUACACAAUCCUGUACUUUGAUAAUUCCCCAAAAAAUGUGUGUGUUUCUCUUGGUGGUAUGCACUUAUAUCUGAUUUUAAGUGUGUAAUUGCUUAAUGAUUUUAAAAUGGGAUGAGCAUUAUAGGUCAAUAGUCAAUGAUGAGAUAUAAUUGUUUGAGUGAAUCAAGGAAAAACUUCUUUGUAAAUGUGUCAUGAUAUGUAUUUUGUGUGGCAGAUCAAGUUUGUGUGCUUGAAACACUGUACAUGCUUUGGAUUUCACUCUAUUAAAAAAAAAAAAAAAAAAAACCUUAAAAA